CUUGGACAAUGGACACGCACGUUAGUGUUCUUUGCAACUGCCCAUGUGACCUACCACUUGGUGACCUCGUGAGCACAUGCAUCUGCAUCAUUUCCCAUCUAUUUAAUUCACCCUCGAUCCCUUUUUGUCGCCUCCUUGCCGUCCUCCUCUUCAAUUCGCAUUUCCCUUCUCCUCCUCCAAUUCCAAAUCCAACCCCAAACUCCUCCCCUGCAAAUUACAAGAGAUAAAUUAAGAGACAUAUACAUGGGCAACGCCAUAGGCGCCAAGAAGAAGUCCGCGAAGGUGAUGAAGAUAGACGGCACUACCUUCAAGGUCAAACCACUCGUCCUGGCCAUGAAGCUGCUCCGCGACCAUCCCGGUCACGACCUCCUCGAAUCCGACGACGUCAAGUGCCACGGCGUACGCGCUAGGCCCCUCCACCCCACCGCCCCACUCAAGCCUGGCAAACUCUACUUCCUAGUGGAGCUUCCCCGCCGGCUGCAGCGCAGAGCCUGGUCGGGGAAUCUCCAGGUAAGCGCCAAGGAGCGGCUGGAGAGCCUCAAGAUCAUCCGCCGCUCCAUGUCAGAUAUGUCGCUGGCCAACGAGGCCUCUGCCUACGCCACCGCCGGUGAUGUCGAGGAGACUAAGGGCGGAGGCGUGCGCAUGCGGGUGAGGCUGCCGAAAGUGCUGGUGGAGAAGCUGAUGCAGGAGAGCAAGGACGCGACUGAGGCGGCAGAGAAGAUCAUGAAGCUUUGCGCCGAGAAGGACUGCGGCGCCACCAGGGCGGUUCACCAGACUCUAUCCUCCGUCAAAUCAGCCCAGCUGCAGGAGUCAUCUCCAUUAACUAAAUGGAGAACAAUUACCGACUCCACAUGGCCACGAGAACCCUUACUCGUGACUCUCACUUUGUCUUCAUAGAAGCACGCAAGGUUUGCUCUCGCGCCAGACGAGAUCAUUGGAUGAUAAAUCUGUUGAGAGACAAGUUUUUAACUCACAUACAUCAAGCAGUGAAGAGAGAUUUGAGGACGAGAAGGAUUGUUGGCGGUGGUGAUACGGUGCGGGUGGAACGUGAGAAGCUGCUGAACAUGGCUUCCUGUUGCCCGUCAAGCUUUCUAUCUUAAUUGUGUUGCUUCUUACCUGCAAACAUAAUUUAUCCUCCAUGUCAUGUAUGGACGGAAGGAUGGAUGGAUGUGGGGUUUUGUUUUUGGCACUGUAAAUCCAGGGCAUCGAUCUCUUAUCUCGGUUGUUAAUUUUCCUUAUUGAUAGUGAUGCCUCUGUUCUUCUUUAUA